AUUAAACAAAAAGACAAGUAGAUGUUAGAAAAUCACUGCAGCUGCUGGGUAAAACAAUCAAUUAAUCUCCUGUUUGGUAUUUAUGGUGUCCAUCCUGUGAACUAACAACAAACUGAGGUGGUUGUUGUUGCUGUAGCUUACUGUGGAGCGUUGCACUGCUGAACUCUGAAACUUUAUCUAGUCCGGGCUUCUGUCAGUGCAGUUGUCCUGAUUUCCAAGUCCUGGCCCCUCCCUGUUCCUGGUUCCUCCCUGAUCUUGGGCCCUUCCCGAUCCUGGCCCCUCCUUGAGCCUGGGUCCACCCUGAUCCUGUCCCCUCCCAGGAGGGCUGAUGGAAAACCUGCAGACACUCAGGUGCACGUCACACGGCUGCAGACAGACGAGACGCAGCUCAUCCUCAAACAUCCAGACUCUGAUUCUGCUGCGACUCGCAGAAAACAAAACAGUUCAUCCUUCUUCAUGGGAACACCUGAGCUUUAAUUCAAGGAGACUCUCUGCAGGGAAAAGAGCUCAGCAGCAGAUCUGACUCUGAAUCUUCAGGCUGUCCUGAGCUUCCAGCAUCCUCCGUCCUCGCCACAAUGAGUUGGGGGGCGCUCUACGCCCAGCUGGGGGGCGUCAACAAACACUCCACCAGCCUGGGGAAGAUCUGGCUUUCUGUGCUCUUCAUCUUCCGCAUCACCAUCCUGGUGCUGGCCGCUGAGAGCGUGUGGGGAGACGAGCAGUCGGACUUCACCUGCAACACGCAGCAGCCCGGGUGCAAGAACGUCUGCUACGACCACUUUUUCCCCGUGUCGCACAUCCGCCUGUGGUGCCUGCAGCUCAUCUUCGUUUCCACUCCAGCUCUGCUUGUAGCCAUGCACGUGGCCUACAGAAAACGUGGCGACAAGAGGACCAUGCUGUCCGCCAACGGCACUGAAAACACCGAUCUGGAGAUCCUAAAGAGGAGACGUCUGCCAAUCACAGGCCCGCUGUGGUGGACCUACACCUGCAGCCUGUUUUUCCGGCUCAUCUUUGAGGGUGGCUUCAUGUACGCCCUGUACUCCGUCUACAACGGCUUCCAGAUGCCCCGACUUGUGAAGUGCGAGCAGUGGCCUUGCCCCAACAAGGUGGACUGCUUCAUCUCUCGGCCGACGGAGAAGACUGUCUUCACCAUCUUCAUGGUGGCCUCGUCGGCCACCUGCAUGGUGCUGAACGUGGCCGAGCUGGGUUACCUCAUCGUCAAGGCGCUCGCACGCUGCCUGAACAGGUCCAACAAGAGGAAACACGCUUACUCUGAAAACGUGUCGAAGGACAACAAGAAGAACGAGAUGCUGCUGUCAUCCUCCACCGAUUCUUCCAGCAACAAGACGGUGUGCUGAACAGCAGAGACAAACUCAGCCGGAGCUGAAAUCUGAUCCAUCUGAAGUGACUCUGAGUCUGUAGGAACAUAGUGCAGAACCAACAGAGCAAUCAGCUGUUUGGUUGCUUCAAACAAACUGAAACUAGUUCAGAAUUGUUCUCGUGGAGUGCUUUGGAAAGAUUAUGYAGAGCUAGAACUAUCUGACCUCUGGUAGCUCUUUGAACAACCUUUAUUUCUGACUGGAUUCACGAGCGAAAGUCUGACUUUAGUUUAAUUUAAUUUUUAAAGGGAAGAAGUUGAGUGAUGGAGCAUCUCAGGCUUCAAGCAAUUGUAGCAUUUAAAUUUCAGGUUCAGAUUUAGAUGAGUUUCAGAAAAGUUAAGAACAAAUAAUAUCUUACCUGUGGUAGAUAAAUUUUUGAACAUCCUCAUUUUGGAGAAACAGAAUUAAAUGUCAUAAAUCUUUACACAGCUGCUAUUUUCCCAUAAGUAUGUACAAAAAUUAGUGCUGGAACUCGUUAUCUGUAGCACUUCUAUUUUAGUAUGUAAUACUUCUGGUUGGCAAUAAAUAGGGGAGACCGGGGACAGUAGCAACAAGGKACGGUUGCAACAGGUCAUUUUUCU